ACGCUCUUCACGCUUCUCUUCAUUCCCAUCCUCCCCCGCCGCCACCGCCGCCGCCGCCGCAGCCAAAACCCUAAAACCCACACCCACCGAUGGCGGCGAGCAGCGCGGACCUCGCCGACGAUGGCUUCUCCGCGACGCGCCUCUUCUCGCAGGGCGUCUCCUACACCUACGACGACGUCAUCUUCCUCCCGGGCUACAUCGGCUUCCCCGCCGACGCCGUCGACCUCUCCACCCGCCUCUCCCGCCGCCUGCCGCUCUCCAUCCCCUGCGUCGCGUCCCCCAUGGACACCGUCUCCGAGGCCCCCAUGGCCGCGGCCAUGGCCUCGCUCGGCGCCGCCGCCGUCGUUCACUGCAACACCGAGCCCGACGCCCAGGCCGCCAUCGUCCGCGCCGCCAAGUCCCGCCGCCUCCCCUUCGUGUCAUCCGUUCCCUUCUUCGCCCCGUCAUCCGCCCCGACGCUCAACGAUUUCGCUGGCUAUGAAUACGCCCUCGUCACCGAGCUCGGGGAUUCGCUCUCCAGGCUCGUCGGCGUCGCAGUUGCGGCCGAUGCGGCUUCUCGCGAGGUUCCUGCCCCUGUGUCGGAAUACAUGCUGCCCGCUCCCCGCUCAGCCUCCGCCUCCUUUGACUUCGAACAAGCCGCUGCCUUCCUUGCUGACGAAGGUUUGGAUUGCGCCCCUCUCAUAUCCGAUGACGGCGAGGUUAUUGACCUGAUCACCGCCAAGGAUGUCGAGCGCAUCCGGAGCUAUCCCAAGCUAGGCAAGCCGUCUCUGGGAGCGGAUGGGAAGUUUAUAGUCGCGGCCUCCAUUGGGACCCGUGAGGAUGACAAGCGAAGGCUGGAGCAGCUAGUUAAGGCGGGGGCAAAUGCUAUCGUCAUUGAUAGUUCGCAGGGGAACUCCAUUUACCAGCUUGAUAUGAUCAAGUAUGCGAAGAAGAUGUAUCCUGAGGUGGAUUUGAUCGGAGGCAAUGUGGUGACAAUUGCGCAGGCGCAGAAUUUGAUUCAGGCUGGUGUGGAUGGAUUGCGUGUUGGAAUGGGGUCCGGCUCAAUUUGCACUACCCAGGAAGUUUGUGCUGUUGGAAGGGGACAGGCUACAGCAGUGUAUAAGGUUUCAUCUUAUGCCAAUGAUCACAAUGUACCGGUUAUUGCUGAUGGGGGAAUUUCAAACUCUGGACAUAUUGUGAAAGCUCUGUCGCUGGGGGCAUCCACUGUUAUGAUGGGAAGCUUUUUGGCCGGCAGUCAUGAAGCUCCUGGUACUUAUGAGUACAAGGACGGCCGCCGAGUCAAAAAGUACAGAGGCAUGGGAUCUCUGGAAGCGAUGACAAAGGGGAGUGAUGCAAGGUACCUUGGUGAUACUCUCAAGCUCAAAGUUGCGCAGGGAGUUGUUGGAGCAGUAGCCGACAAAGGUUCCGUUCUGAGGUUCAUUCCUUACACAAUGCAAGCAGUUAAGCAAGGAUUCCAAGAUCUUGGUGCAUCCUCUCUGCAGUCAGCUCAUGAUCUUUUGCGAUCAGAGACUCUCAGAUUAGAGGUGAGGACCGGCGCUGCCCAGGUUGAAGGAGGAAUCCAUGGGCUGGUCUCAUAUGAGAAGAAGGCAUUCUAGUUCCAUAACCAAACAAGGAAGAAUUGGAACAAGAGUUGUUAGCUGCACGAUAUGGAAGGUGACAAUGCUGUUGAUUAUCCUACCUGGCAAUCUUUAAGCUCAGCAGCUUGCCAGCAAAGCCUGUCGAGUUGGGCAGCAGGUGUACCAUCUACCUAGCGUGAUAAUAAUCCUCGACCAUUGAAAUGGUCAUGUGAACUGUUAACUUUGCCCCAAAUCUUGUAAGAGGGGGACUGGUAUUUCAUGAUUGGAUCGGGUGAUCGCUGUACUUUAUCUUGCCGUUUUCGACUUAUCAUCGUGUUGCACCCCUCUAGAGGGAGAUGAGACGGGAAGGUGAGGUUAGGUAUCUACAACUACCUGAUGCA